AUGCACCGGCUAAUUCCCAGACUUCGCGCCCUCUUUCAAAGGAAAGCGGACCCAAAGGAGGCGAGAGAAGAGCAGCAGAGGCUCUUGGAAGAUGAUACCACAUUACAAGACAAACAGCUAGUUGUGACAGGGUCCUCUAGUAACUAUAAUUGGAUCACUGAGCACAUCCCCUUCAGUGCUGACAUCGUGACUGACAACAACCCUCUGAAAGUUGAACCAAAACUUGCUGCAGCUGUGGAAGAACAAAGCACUGGUGGACUGAACGCAGUCACAGUGGAUACUUUCUUCGAUGACCGUGGUGAAGAACCAUCAGGAUCUCCCAUGAGAGUUUUACUUGGCUGUAUGACCUCUCUAGUGGCUGAGGCUGGCAACAAUGAUCACGAGUUGACCUUCUCUCUAGACAUUGUUUGUAAAGAUUUUCAACCUUAUAAUGGUGACCUGGUGGAAAUUGAGUUUUCUGAUGAGCAAGGCACACAGAGCAGAAGGGCCACCUUGGUGAAGCCUCUGAACCAUUGUCACAUAAACAAGGUCCGAGUUACCAAAACAGAUGGAAGAACUGGGAUGUUGGAAGACACCAUCUUUUUCACCUUGGAUUCUCUUAAACUUCCUUCUGGAUAUGUGCCACAAGUAGAUGACGUUGUCAAUGUGGUCGCUGUGCAGAGCAUUCAACCCAACUAUUUCUGGAGAGCAGUUAAAAUGACCCCAGUACAAGUACUGUAG